AUUUUACCUUUAACCAUGUAACAAGUUCCGAUAUUUAAACUAGGAAGCAGGAGUUUACGAGGAGCCGUGAACGCAGCACAAGUGCAUGGUGCAGCAGGGGGCGUCAGGCAGCUGUCUGACUGCUUUGUGACUGUUUUUAUUGUUCGAGGAAGUGAAGCUUUCCACGAUUGUAGCCGAUUCUUGAGUUGUAGUCGUUUAUUCAGUGGACUUCUGUUUUUGAAGUCGUGUCUGAACAAAACUGGACCAACGUGGAAGACCGUCUUAUGGGACAAAAUAGUUCACAGGGUGUCAGCAUGACUUCCUCUGUCCGUGUCAUCGUGGUGGGAGCUGGCAGUCGAGGGGAGAUCUACUCCCAGUUUGCCUCCAUCCACCCUGAACGCAUGAAGGUUGUUGCAGUAGCUGAUCCCAGAAAAUUUGCUCGCACGAAACUUCAACGGCAACACAAAAUUGUAGAUGAAAACAUAUUUGAAGACUGGCACAGUAUCGUUGAAAGAGAGAAGUUUGCAGACGCUGUGUUGAUUUGUACUCCAGACCGCCUUCAUAAGGAACCUGCGGUGGCCUUUGCAAAGAAGGGCUACCAUGUACUGCUGGAGAAACCAAUGGCAACGACUGCUGAAGACUGCACAGCGAUCGUGGAGGCUUGUAUGCAGAGUGGUGUGAUGCUAUCGGUGGGUCAUGUUCUCCGCUAUGAUCCCGUCAUCCACAAGAUUAAGGAGCUGAUAGAUGCUGGUGUUAUUGGUGAUGUGAUCCAUAUUCAGCACCUUGAGCCGGUUGGAUUUUAUCACUUCGCCCACUCAUUUGUUCGAGGAAACUGGAGGAAUGAAGCAGAGAGCUCUUUUGCUCUUUUGGCCAAAUCAUGUCAUGACAUCGACCUCAUACAUCACUGGGCCGGAGGACGCAGGUGUGUGAAAAUGUCAUCAUUUGGAUCCGUCAGCCACUUCCACAAAGACAACAAGCCAACAGGUGCUGCAGAUCGCUGUCUGGAUUGUUCAGUAGAAGCAGUCUGUCCUUACUCAGCACGCAAAAUCUACCUGGACAGAGUGAAACAGGGUCACACCGGCUGGCCCGUAUCAGUCAUAUGUCCGAGCUCGUUCCCAGACAUCGAGUCAGUAACUGAGGCACUGAGGACUGGACCGUAUGGCCGCUGUGUCUACGAGUGUGACAAUGAUGUCUGCAGUAACCAGGUUGUUAACAUGGAGUUUGAAGGGGGUCUGACAGCAGCCUUUUCCAUGGUGGCGUUCAGUGAGGAGAUAUGCAAGAGGAAAACAACUAUGUAUGGCAGCAAGGGGGAGCUGUCAUAUGAGGGCCAUGAGAUCCGUGUCUUUGACUUUCUGACCCAGAAAUCCACAAAACACACAGCACGCAAUAACGCUCCCGGGCAUUUUGGCAUGAGUGGACACGGUGGAGCAGACUACCACCUUAUGGAGGCCUUUAUCUCUGCUGUGGCGAACAACAAUCCAUCUCUGAUCCGCUCGGGUCCUGAGGAGACGCUGCUGAGCCAUUUGCUGGUGUUUGAAGCGGAGCGUUCACGACUGGAGAGCAGGGUGGUUUACUGUGGUGACACAAGUCAGAGCUAGAAGACUAAAAAUCAUUUAAUCUCAUCUUAAAAACAAACACUAUAAUGAUCUGAAUGAUUAAUGAAACAAUUAGACUGACGAAUGAAAGGCCAAAUCUUGAAGUUUAAUUCACAUUGCUCAGGGAUUUUAAUUGUGUAUUUAUAAUCUGUGUUUAUGAAUGAAUGAGUGAAUCUGUUCAGUUUUUAAAUUAUAUAUGUCCUAUGUCAUCAUUAUGUGUUUGUUAAUUUGUGAUGUUUUCUUGAUAAGAAGUGUUCAUGUAACAGACUCAUGAUCUCCACUGAAAAAUGUGAAUCUGUUAAAUUAAAAUUGUCUUUGAUUAUAA